ACGCUAAAGACCCGCCCCCUGCGGCCCAGGUCCCGCCCCUCGUGUCCUCGCUGUCUGCGGCAGUGUUAAUAAAGUUGCAGCGGUUUGACAUUUGCGGUCAACAAGAUGGCUACCUCCAUGCUCGGCUCUCUGCUGCGGAUCGUCCGGCAGGUGGUUCCUUCAUCAGCUUCAGGCCAAGCUCGAAGUUACUAUGUCGACUGGAGAAUGCUGCGUGAUGUAAAGAGAAGAAAAAUGGCCUACGAGUAUGCAGAUGAGAGGCUACGGAUCAAUUCUCUCAGGAAGAAUACUAUUCUUCCAAAACACCUUCAGGAGGUGGCUGAUGAAGAAAUUGCUGCCCUUCCCCGGGAUAGCUGCCCCGUUAGAAUCAGAAAUCGAUGUGUCAUGACGUCCCGUCCACGAGGCGUAAAGCGGCGCUGGAGGCUCAGCCGUAUUGUCUUCCGUCACUUAGCUGAUCAUGGACAACUGUCUGGGAUCCAGCGAGCAAUAUGGUGAUCAGCUCCAGAACCUAAUGACCUUGCAGGAAAACCAUUUAGGCAAGAAGAGACUUUUGUAAUAGAUAAAAACCUGAUUUUUAUUUGAGUGUUCUGUCAGUGAAUAAUAUUUUUCUAAACAUUGUUCCCAAGCAUAGUGCAAAGAGUAAUAAAAAAAAAAAAAAAGUUUGUGAAAAUA